AUGAAGCCGCAACAAUAUCAAGCACCUCCUCCACCAAACAUUCCCCAUAACACCACCCUUUACUACGGUAAUCAAUCAGCGUUGUCCGUUCCCUCUUCUCAACAUGUUGCAACGAUCGUUAUUGAGCCUAAAUCUUCUUCAUUGGUGCAACGAACCUCUCCGAACAGCAGCUCUUCAUUCCUCUCCUCUUCAUUAUCCUCACCCGCUCAACUCGCCAGAACCUCCACUCCAACACUGCCUGAUUCAUCGCGGAACAACACCACUUCUGCAUUCAACGUUUUCAGACCGAUACACCCCACACCGCCUCAAUUGCAGCAGAAGGGGUUGAUGAGAGCAGAAUUGAUCGAAGAGACUAUGGAGGACUUGUUGCGAGAAGGAUAUUCUCGUUUUAAAAGCAUUGAAGAGUUUAAUAUCAACAUGCUUUUAACGAAUUUGAGUUCAACCUCUAUGGACGUCCAACAACAACCAUUAAGCACCUUUACCAACAUGGCCGAAACCCUCAACAAACCCUCUCCUGCUUCCAGUAGUAGUGGUGUACCUUGGCUCCACCCGACUCAACCAAUGGUUUCCACCCCAAUUCAAAAUGCAUCACCGGACACCAAUUCGUUCACUCAAUUACUGCUGGGAAACAAUAUUCCAAAUUCAUGUACAUUAUUGAACAAACCACCCUCACGAACACAGUUGGUUCAGCCUACUGCACCACCGUCUAACUCAGUUGCCAAAGAUGCUGAAUCUACCACAAAACCUGUCACUUCAUCCUCACACCCACCACAAAAAACUAAACCUAAGGCUGCCAAAACCAAAGAAAAGAAAAAACGUCCCACGAAAUCUGCAAAAGAAAACCCAGAAUCUCAAGAGCAAACAGCCCCACCAAAGGAAAAGAAAAGGAAAUCUUCUCAAUUUUCAUCGUCUCUAAUCAAUUUUCAAGCCACGAAAGCUAAAAAAGAUGUUCAAUUUCACAACUAUAAUCCUCCAAACAUAAAUACAGAAUAA